AUGGUUGAACAAUUAGUGUUGUGCCCAUUAUGCAAUAAAAAGGUACCCUUUUUAUCGAUUAACAAGCAUUUAGACCUGGGAUGUUCCAAAAAACUUGAAAUUUCUAGUAACUCGGACAAUACCACCGGUACUCCUACGCAUACCAUGUUAAAAAAUACUAAUAAUUCUAAUAUUAAAAACACAUUGGCACCUUCUAAACAAUCUAACUUAAUCAAUUUUUUUUCACAAAAUUCUAAAAAAUUGAAUAACUCUGAGCCAUCAGUGUCAAAAUCUGAGAGAAUUACCAUCUUAGAUGGAGAAGAAGAAGAUGGGGGAAAAAAUGACGAUGUUGAUGGUGAUGAUAACGAGAAAAAAGAAAAAGAUCUUAUAUCGGUUGAUGUUACUGACCACGAAGAGGCACACCAUGCUACUAAAAAUUAUACCGAUGAAAAUACCAAGAGGAAACUGGAUCAAACAGAUAUUGAAGAGAAAGAUAAUGAGAAUCGUAAGAAAUAUUUAAAUAAAAUAAGUCAUUUACCCUUGAGUGAAAAAAUAAGACCGUCUACCUUAAGCGAAUAUGUAGGACAAGAUCAUUUAUUGGAUAGUAGUGAUGGGAUAUUGUACAAAUUUUUAAUUAGCAACAGGAUACCUUCAAUGAUACUUUGGGGCCCUCCAGGUGUAGGUAAAACAACACUUGCCCGAUUAAUAGUAAAAUUCACCAAUAAUUACACUUCUGCUACUGCCACGAAGAAUAAAUAUACUUUGAUUGAGACCAGUGCUACAGUUGCUACUGUACAAGAAUUGAGAAAAAUUUUCGAAAAAGCUCAUAAAAAUUAUAUAUUAACCAAAUAUACCACUGUUUUAUUUAUUGAUGAGAUACACCGCUUCACCAAGUCACAACAAGAUGUGUUAUUACCAUAUAUAGAGAAUGGUGACAUAAUUUUAGUUGGAUGUACCACUGAAAAUCCUAGCUUUCAACUAAACAAUGCACUACUCAGUAGAGUACAAGUUUUCACAUUGAAUAAAAUGACACAGGAGAAUAUGUUUAAAGUCUUAGAAAGCGGAAUAAAGAUGCUCAAUAAUUAUAGAUCUCCAGCAGAACAAUUGAAAUUUGAAGAUAACGUCUUGGAGUAUAUUUGUAAAUUGAGUAAUGGUGAUACAAGAAGAAGUUUAAAUAUUUUGGAAUUGGUGUGUACCAACGUACAGGUAGAUCCAACUAAAUCAAUAACGUUGGAGGAAACACAAAAUAUCCUAAAUAAUAAACAGAACAUAUUUUACUAUGAUGCCAAGGGAGACAAUCAUUAUGAUACCAUAUCCGCCUUUCAUAAAAGCAUAAGAGGCGGUGAUGCAAAUGCUAGUUUAUACUAUUUGGCUAAAAUGUUAACUAGUGGAGAAGAUCCAUUAUAUAUAGCUAGGAGAAUGAUAAGAAUAGCCAGUGAAGAUAUAGGAUUGAUCAAUAGUAAGAUGUUGCCAUUGGCAGUGGCAGCACAUGAUGCAGUAAUGAAAGUUGGGCUACCAGAAGCAGACCUAUGUUUAGCACAAUGUUGUGUUGAACUGGCUAAAUCACCUAAGUCGGUAAAGUUGUAUAGAGCAUGGAAUAACAUCAAAAGCUCAUUAAGAGAAAAUAAGUAUGAGUUAGCUAGUAGCGAAAUACCGCUACAUUUAAGAAAUGCUCCUACGAAACUAAUGGCUGAUCUUGGUUAUAAAAAAGACUAUAAAUAUAACCCCGAUUAUGUAAAUGGGGAAUGUGACCAAACAUAUUUCCCGGAGAAAGUGUUACAAAAUAUCGGUCUGAAUAAAGCUGAAUUAAAUUUUUUAGAAAAUGCACCUGACCUGGGAAACAUUGUUGAUUCAGACAAACAUUAA